CAUAUGAGGUCCUCGUGAGAGGCGUGCACACCACAGAAAUGGGUUAAACGUUUAAUUAGAAUCCAUAGUGGUAGCAACCGAAGCUUAACGGAGAUUUAUAUAAGCUGUUAAGAAGGACACAAGGCUGCUGUGUGUGCUUCGAGCCACUGCAGCCGUUGGCCGGACUUCAAGCAACGCCAAGGCAUGUCUGGGAGUCUGCCCAGGGAAGAGAAGAGUGAAAGAGGAGUUUGUGUCAGGCUUGACCCUGGCCUCUUGCACACGCGGCACCCCUGCUACCCUUUUCCAUGAAAUAGGAAAUGAGUCUGCUACAGCACACACGCCUGUGUUGUUGAUUUUAUUUUACUUUAAAAAAAAAAGGACUGACAAGCUGGAGGCAGGGCAAAGUGUGCGCCUUGUCAGGCUGGAGCUCUGAAAGAGCACAUCAUGGCUUCGGUGUUCAUGUGUGGAGUGGAAGAUUUCCUUUUCAAUGGGAGCCGCUUUGUUUGGAACGUGACCAUCUCCACGCUGAGGAGGUGGUACACAGAAAGACUGAGGGGAUGCCACCAAGCACUGAGAGCCUGGUGUGGGAUAAGGGACAUGUAUCAGAUGACAGAAGGGAGACACUGUCAAGUACAGCUUCUGGAUGACAGAAAAUUGGAGCUGCUGGUUCAGCCUAAACUUCUGUCACGAGAAUUGUUGGAUUUGGUAGCUUCACAUUUCAACCUUAAAGAAAAAGAAUAUUUUGGGAUCACAUUCAUAGAUGAUACGGGUCAGAAUAUCUGGCUACAAUUAGAUCACAGAGUUUUGGAUCAUGAUUUGCCCAAGAAACCCGGUCCAGCGGCUUUGUUUUUUGCCGUCAGGUUUUACAUUGAAAGCAUUUCUUUUCUGAAGGACAAGACCACAGUAGAACUCUUUUUCCUGAAUGCAAAGUCCUGUGUGCAUAAGGGGCAUAUUGAGGUGGAAAGUGAGACGGUCUUCAGAUUAGCCGCUUUGAUUUUACAGGAAGCCAAAGGUGACUACUCCAGUGAUGAAACUGCAAGGAAAGAUCUAAAGAACUUGCCUGCCUUCCCAACUAAGACUCUUCAGGAGCACCCUUCCCUUGCAUACUGUGAGGACAGAGUCAUUGAACUGUAUAUCAAAAAUAAAGGUCUGACCAGAGGACAAGCAAUUGUUGAGUACAUGAAAGUGAUUGAAGCUCUGCCUACUUAUGGAGUCCAUUACUAUGGAGUAAAGGAUAAACAAGGAAUCCCUUGGUGGCUUGGGAUCAGUUAUAAAGGAAUUGGCCAGUACGAUUUACAAGAUAAAGUCAAGCCCAGAAAAUUAUUUCAAUGGAAACAACUGGAGAAUCUUUAUUUCCGUGAGAAGAAGUUUGCUGUUGAGGUUCAUGAUCCUCGUAGAAUCUCGGUGUCAAGAAGGACUUUUGGACACAGUGGCCUUGUAGUGCAGACCUGGUAUGCAAACACUUCUCUAAUCAAGUCCAUCUGGGUUAUGGCAAUCAGUCAACAUCAGUUUUACUUGGACAGAAAGCAAAGCAAAGCAAAAAUUCCAUCAGCAAGAAGUUUGGAUGAUAUUGCAAUGGACCUCACAGAUAUGGGAACCCCAAAAGUUUCAAAACUAGCAGCUUUGGAAGCUAAGAAUCAACUUAUAAUGGCCAGCAAUGGUAGCUUAAUAUCUUCAGGCUCUCAAGAUUCAGAGGCUGGUGAAGAGCAAAAGAAAGAGAAGAUCUUGGAACUGAGAAAGAAGGAAAAGCUUUUACAGGAGAAGCUUCUGCAGAAAGUGGAGGAGCUAAAGAAAAUAUGCUUACGAGAAGCGGAAAUCACGGGGAAAAUGCCAAAAGAAUACCCUCUGAACACAGGGGAGAAACCUCCUCAUGUCAGAAAGCGUAUUGGCACAACGUUUAAAUUGGAUGACAACCUACUUCCUAGUGAAGAGGACCCAACUUUACAGGACCUGGAAAGCAACUUUUUCAUACAGCAGAAGCUGGUGGAGGCCGCAAAAAAACUUGCUGGUGAGCCUGACUUGUGCAAAAAUGUGAAAAAGAAAAGGAAGCAGGAGUACACCGAGGCAGUGAAAAAGCUUCAAGAGAUUGAGAACUCUAUUAAUGAAUACAGGAUCAAGUGUGGGAAGAAACCUGCUCAGAAGGCAACCCUGAGCUUACCAGAGGACAUCAUUCCAUCUGAGAGCAGCUCUUUGUCUGAUACAACGACAUUUGACGAUGGCAAUGAUUCCCUCACUGUGCCAGGCCAAAGAAUAAACUCUGUGCCACUUUCUCCAAAAACUCCACCACCCAAAUCCCUUGGGAUAGAGAGACUGCAUCUCAGGAAGUCUUCCAUGAAUGAGCAGCUCUUGGAAUCCAGGCACUCCAGAGAUCCAUUGUCAACACAUAGCAGUCCAUACCGCACUGUAGAGAGGCAGUCGCAUGGUGGAAGAAGUAUGCCCACAACACCAGUUCUCACACGGAAUGCAUACAGUAGCACGCAUUUAAGGCCAGACCGGUCCCCUCAACACAGCAGACAGCGGAGUGGCAGCUUAGAGUCCCAGACGAAUGCCUUGUCUGAGUUGGCCAGUGAAAAGACAGUGUUCACCAUUUCAAAUUCCCAAAGAAGCAGUAGUACAGAGAUCCUAGAUGAUGGGUCAUCCUACACCAGCCAGUCAAGUGCGGAAUACUAUUGUGUGACCCCAAAUUCAGGCCCCUAUUAUACCACCCAGACUCUUGACAACCGGACAAGGAACAGGAGACGAUCCAAGAAACAGAGCAUUUCUGCUUCCAAUUCAGGAAGUAUGCCAAAUUUAGCCCAAAAGGAUAUCCGUAAUGGUGGUGUCUACCAAAAAUCUCAAGGACAACCAUCGACCAAUUGCUACAUUACUGGCUAUGCCCCUUACUUGGAGUGUGAUGUGUACUACAAUGGGGGCUAUGUGUAUGAGAAUGGCACAGAGGGACAGUACACUGUCAACCCUUCUUACCGUUCAUCAGCACACUAUGGAUAUGAGCGCCGCUAUCGGGAGUUCAGGUCUUUUCAUGAAGAUGAGAUGGAAAGGGUUCCACACAACCCAUACGCCACCCUGCGCCUGCCACGGAAGCCAUCUGUGAAAGCAGAGAGCAUCUCCAAAAACAUUCACAAGGCCUUAGUCGCUGGGCAUCUUCGUGACUGGUACCAGCGUGCCUCAGGGCAGAAAGACCAUGGCCUUGGCCUGCAGGCAGGCUUUGACACUGACAGAGGGUCACAGAGGAGCCUGGGCUUUGCUGGACUACAAGUACCAUGUUGUCAAAGCAGUCGUGCUUCAUCUUUCUCUUCAGCAUCUUCUGCAAACACUUCUGGGAAUUGGCGGAACCAGAUUGCACUUGGAGUCUCAGAUUAUGACACCCUGUCACAGUCCUCUUACCACAGCUGUUACGGGAGCAUGUAUGGCAGCCACACACUGCAGAGCAGGACAUAUGCUGAUACAAAUGAGCUUGGUGACCGGAACCAAUUGGAAGGCAAUCUGGAAGACAGUGAGCAAAGACUGUUCUGGCAUGAAGAUGCAAAGCCUGGGACUUUAGUGUGAACCAGCUCUCUACUUCCAUUACCUUUAUGUGCCUUGCACCUUAUGCUCUUCCUAUAAAUAUAAGCUUUGUGGUGCAACUUACAAAAGGAGCAUCAUCAUGGAAAGAUAAAAAUUGCUCAGCGAAAGAAAGAUGCAAAAAGUCCUAUCUAUACUAGCACAAAAAUACAAAUACAAAUAACACAGGAGCCUCAGCAGCCAGGUUUUAAAUCUUCUUCCCUACAUACAUGUGGUUAAAGUAUUUUUGGAAGGCACUCUGUUUUUAAGAAGAUGGAAUGUUGCUGAUAUUGAAAAGCUCCAAAAAGGUGGAAAUUUAAGGCGAUUCCUGUGGGGACUAUUUUAGGAGCACAAUUCAGUGGGAAAGAAAAUUGCAGUGUUUGGAGUUCCUUCUGCCAGCACAUCGUCUUGAUCUGUUUGUGACGUGUUAAAAGGACAAAGUGAUGAAAAUGGAGCAGAAGACUGACUGAGACUGCAACUACUUGAAGGAUGUUUGAGCUUUUAAACAGUAUUUUGAAUGAGUUUGAAGAGGAUUUUAAGGUUUGCUGGCUAAAUGUGCUUUCUCUCAAUACUCAUGGAGGGGGGAAUGAAUUGCACUUGUACGCUGCAAUGGCCUACAGAAAGCUGAGCCUACAGAAGAGUUCUUCUCUGGACAAUGAGAGUUCAACUUGACCAGGUUUUUCAUGAUAUCUGUUCAUUUAUGCAAGAACGCAUGCAGGUUUCACAAUAAAAUGUUCUGGGAAAUAUUUCAUUUUCCCAGGCAAUGAUUUUAUAGUGUAGUUCCCCUGUUUGAGGAAUUUUAUGGCAGAUUCAGACAACGGCAUCUUUCAUUUUCCACGUUUCCCUUUUUCUGCCUUUUUUUCUUUCCUGUAAUACAUUACAGGGGGAAAGAUGGUGUAAUAUUGUAGUACUUGGUACUCCUCCAUCUUGAAGCCUCUUUCAUUUGGGUGUGAGCCUAAGAAUGAGCUACCAAUGUAACAAGAUGUCCAGUGUACUGAUCAAUGUGGUUGUGUUGGCCAGUAUUAUUCAUACUUUUGAGAUGGAUGCAAAUACAUUUAAUAGUAAAACCAAGAUGGUGCCUUAAAAUCAAAGGGCAUUAUAAUUUUGAAACAGAUGUUACCUGAAAAAUAGGUGCACUUGGUUCAGGUGCUUGCCUCUGUCAAAGAGGUCCAGAGCAUGCCCACUGCUCUUCCACUGGCUUGAAAAUGUUGUUUAUACUGUUUAUGACUAGAGGACAAAGAAUAGGAUGGAGAAGAUCUGGAUUUAGUCCUGGCCACAAUUUGAACUGGACUGAGAGCUGAUAGUGUGGAUCUCUAGAAUCUCAACUGUGAUUGGAAGCCUGUUUCCACAUGUGGGCUGACUUCUACAGACCGAUGCCACAAUGUGAUAGAUUGCACCUUUACUAAAUCAGUGAAAAGAAAAUAAACAAUCAACUUCAGGUUUCAUCUGGAAGGGAGCAGCCUACCUCGUAUCAUCUACCUGUAGGAACAAAUUAGCUCUAUAUUAUCUGUGUAAUUUUGCAAACUGUCAAGGAAGAUACCUGUUUCUCAGCCAUAUUAUGCUUCAUGAUGCUAUACAAUGGUGCUGUUCAAGGAUCUUUCUUAAACAAAAAAUGUCGGAUGCAUCACUCCUUGUUCAUAUUGUAAAUAGAAGGUUUUUGGAAAAAACAGUUUUUGGACCUUUUUUUACUGAUGAUUCCAAAGUAUGUAAGAAGAACUCUAUAAAAAGAUGCACACACAGUUAUGUACACACACGCAUACAAACAAAUAUAUAUAGAUAUGUAUAUAUAUCUACAGAGAAGUUUUGCAUUUGUUAAGCUGGUCCUUAGUCAUUUGUAUUAUUAGAAUUAACGUUUGGAAUAAAAAUGGGAAAUCAAAGCAAAAUUAAUUUAUUUCUUUUUGUGCAUAUUUGUAUAGCCUUUUAGAAAGAAGAAUAUCUUUUUUGCUUAUUCUUUUACUGCUCUUGACUUUUUAAAAGGACCUAUGGUUUUGUAUGGGUCAAUAAACUUACAAAUAUGCUACUAAA